AUGAAAAUGAUUUCAACUUUGAUGGAGUUUGUGAAUAAUCAAAACCGUAACAGACGAACACAAAAAGCACUAUACAAAAAGGUUGGAUCUAGAGAGAGAAAGUCGCUGAAGGAAGCUAUGUCUGUGGUGGAGUCAAGCUCUGCUACUACAGCGGAUCAGAGUAACGUUAAAGGGGUUCUUACACAUGGCGGUCGUUACGUUCAGUAUAAUGUGUACGGCAAUCUUUUCGAAGUUUCCCGGAAGUAUGUUCCUCCGAUCAGACCUGUUGGUAGAGGCGCUUAUGGAAUCGUUUGUGCUGCAACGAAUGCGGAGACACGUGAAGAAGUUGCCAUAAAGAAAAUUGGGAAUGCUUUUGACAACAGAAUAGAUGCGAAAAGGACUCUAAGAGAAAUUAAGCUUCUUCGUCACAUGGAACAUGAAAAUGUUAUUGCAAUCAAAGACAUCAUUCGGCCCCCACAGAAGGAAAACUUCAAUGAUGUUUACAUUGUUUAUGAGUUGAUGGACACGGAUCUUCAUCAAAUAAUACGCUCUAAUCAACCUCUGGCUGAUGAUCAUUGUCGGUAUUUUCUUUACCAAAUUCUAAGAGGACUGAAGUACGUUCAUUCGGCACACGUGUUGCAUCGUGAUCUAAAACCAAGCAACUUACUUCUGAAUGCAAAUUGUGACCUAAAAAUUGGGGAUUUUGGGCUUGCAAGAACCACUUCAGAAACCGAUUUCAUGACCGAGUAUGUUGUGACUCGAUGGUAUCGCGCCCCUGAAUUGCUCUUAAAUUGUUCAGAGUACACGGCCGCCAUUGACAUCUGGUCCGUCGGCUGCAUCCUUGGUGAGAUCCUCACUCGACAGCCCUUGUUUCCAGGCAAAGAUUAUGUUCAUCAGCUCAGACUUAUCACGGAGCUGAUCGGUUCGCCUGAUGAUGCAAGUCUUGGGUUUCUAAGAAGCGAUAAUGCAAGAAGAUAUGUGAGACAGCUUCCUCAGUAUCCAAGACAACAGUUCUCUGCAAGAUUCCCAAAUAAAUCCCCAGGAGCUUUAGAUCUGCUUGAAAAGAUGCUUGUAUUUGACCCAAACAGGCGUAUUACAGUUGAUGAGGCGUUAUGUCACCCGUAUUUGGCACCUCUUCAUGAAAUCAACGAUGAGCCGGUGUGCCCUCAUCCUUUUAGCUUCGACUUUGAGCAGCCUUCAUGCACUGAAGAACACAUCAAAGAGCUUAUUUGGAGGGAGUCUGUCAAAUUCAAUCCUGACCAUCCAAAUCACUGAGAUCUCAUCUCAUCUCUUGUACACCUACCUUACCAACAACAAGUUAUAUGCUAUAAUUACUGUAUUAUCCCUCCUCUUCACAUAGUCUUCUUUAUUACAACAACACAAAUAAAACAUAAUGGGCUUAUUGGCGUCUUUACUUUUUACAUCAUUUGUUUUUUUUUAAAUUUUUUUCUGAAUCCCCAUUUCUUGUAAUAUGAAGCCAUAGUUUUCUUUCUCCCUCAUUGCUCCCCCUUCCCAAUUCUCAUAAUAUUUGAUCACUGCCAAUUACUUGUUGCUUGUUUUCUUUCUCCUAUUCGUGACCAAUUUACAACUCUCACUGCAUAAACUACAACCUUAAAUGCAUCAUGUUUGACCAGCUGUGAAUGAAUGAUAUGUGCAAAUUUAGACAACAAACAUUGUUACCACGUUUGGAGGCAUUUUAGUAACAACACUUGUAGUAGAAUAUUUUAUGUUU